AUGGCUGCAUCCCGAGCAGGAGACGUAUCCAACAGGGAUGACGACAGCCAGACCACCGCUCGUGAUCCGGACGGCAAAUUGGCUACAGCAGGCAAAAAACGAACCAGAACAGGCUGCUUGAACUGUCGGCGAAAACGACGGAAAUGUGACGAAAUAAAGCCGACUUGCGAGGGCUGCCAGGCGCGGAAGGAGACCUGCGAAUGGGGCGUCAGGGUUACAUUUCGUCCUGAAAAUGCUCAAACGAUGGGACCUGAACAUCCAUCGAUGCGUCUGGCGUUGGCAUGUGCCCGGGGUCAAGGCUUCCAGAUCAUCAACGUGACGAAGGAGGUCAUCCGAGACUACUUUGAAGAGACCGCCCAUGAUGAAGUGGAUGAGAUGCGGGUGUCUGAUGUUCCUUCGAGGCAUCAUCGUCCAUCGACACGUGGAUCUGUGUCUACACAGCCGUCUCAUACAUUUCAGUCACCUGUGGCAAAGCAGGCUCAUGUCGUCAAUCAGCCCAUACCAGUCGUCAUCGAGCCGGAACAGUAUCACAAUGAGCACGCUGCCCAGACGCCCUUCCUCCCGGAGGAUCUGUUCUUGUCGCCGCAAUACAGUGAUUCUGCAUUCGAAGACGGCAUCUUCCUUCCUGGGUCAGAAUACCAACAGUUACAUGCUGCUCUGCGGAGCCGCAUCAUUGAUACCGCCCGGUCGACUGCGCCCUCGAGGCUCGCAACUCCAGAGCCUGCCGACGAGAGGCCCAGUUUGCAGCGCUCAGACACUGCGGAGACCGAAGACGAAGAAUCUCGAGCUCUUGCUCACUUGAGUGCCGAAGAAGAGUACUUCCUCUGGCAGAACUACAUCGAUGAGGCUGCACCCUGGAUGGAUAAGUUCGACAUCAAUCGGCACUUUGAACUGGUCCUUCCCAUGCUCGCGAAGCAUCAUCCGCAUCUACGAUACUCCUGCCUCGCAUUGUCUGCACGACAGCUAGAACGUAAGUCACAGAUCAACGACAACUCACGCAGCCUGGCCCUCUACCAGCACGCCAUCCACCUGCUGUCUCCUUUGCUGCACCAGAGGACAUCAGUCGUGUUGGCAUCAUGCGUUGUACUUUGUGUUCUCGAGAUGAUGAGCUGCUCGCCAAAAGCUUGGAGACGACAUCUGGAUGGCUGUGCUGCACUUAUCCAGGCACUGGGCAUGAACGGCAGCAGCGGUGGGCUAGACGAGGCACUAUUCUGGUGCUUUGCUCGCAUGGACAUUUGUGGGAGUCUAAUAUCUUCUGAGAAGACUCUAAUCCCUAUGGACAAGUGGAUCGGGCCUGGUGAGCUUCUGACCGACUACACCUUGUUGCUGAAUCGAAACAGCAUGUUCGACAUGUAUGCCAACCGAAUGGUAUACCUGUGUGGCCGAGUUGUGGACCUGCUUUGUUCUUCCGGGAAAUGGGAGCAGCGACAUCAUCACACGACCCAUGCUAUGGACGGUAACGACUAUCUGCAGCAGUGGUCCCGCCUGUUCGAGGUUCUGGAACAAUGGUAUCUGGACCGACCAGAAGAGAUGAAGCCACUACUGACGAUCAACUCUCCCUCCGGUGCACUCGGAGCUGCAAGUCCCUUCCAGACGCUGCUGUACGGGAAUGGACCCGGUGUCUCUGGGAACCAGAUGUACCAUACAGCGGCUUUGCUCAUGCUCAAGUUCAAGCCAUCGCAUGUGCAGUUUGCAAAGAAGCCUCAUUCGAUACUGUGGCAUGCUCGCAUGAUAUGCGCGAUUUCGAUCUCGAACAGUCACCAUGGCUGCUGGACGAACAGUGUCCAGCCUUUAUGGAUCGCAGGGCAACAUAUGAGCCACCCGAGCGAGCAUCGAGCGAUAUUGAGCAUAUACGAACGUAUUGAGCGCGAGACUGGCUGGGCGACGAAGUGGCGUGCUGAUGAUCUGAGGGAGUAUUGGGGCGAGUGCGAGGACUGA